AUGUAUUACAAGCCAAACCGCCACGUCGACGUGCCCAGCACCGACUUGCUGACCUGGAUUUUUGGGAAUGAAGCAUGCCAUGACCCGGAUCGACCGCUUUAUAUAGACGCGCUGGACCCGACCAGAAGACUUACCUUUUCCCAAGCCCGCUCCGCAAUCCGAUCGAUGAUCAAGGGGCUCCGAAGCCUUGGUAUAAAGAGAGGCUCAUGCGUCUGUUUGCACACAUUCAAUAUUUACUAUCCUCUCCUUUUUCUGGCUGUCAUUGGUGCAGGCGGAGUGUUCGUCGGAUCGAAUCCAGGGUACAAAGAACUAGAGCUCACAAGUCUUCUCGAAACGUCCAAGGCCAGCCUGAUCAUUACAGCGCCGGACUUGCUGCCAACCGUACAGAAUGUAACGCAUCAAUUGCAGAUUCCAGAUUCCAGGGUGCUCGUGUUUGCCGAGGCCUGUGACACCCCCAACGGCUUCAGGUCGUGGAAUGAACUCUUCCAGCAUGGAGAAGAUGACUGGGUCCGAUUCGACAACGAGAAAACUGCUAAGGAGACACCCGCCUGUCUGGUGACCACUAGUGGAACGACCGGGAUGCCGAAAAUGGCUGUUCUUUCUCACCAUGCUUGGGUCGCGCUGAACUGUGUUAUUGAUGACCCCAAUCCCAAGCCGUACCAGAUUAAGAGGUUGAUUUUCCUGCCGAUGUUUCAUACCUUUGCUGCUCCUCUCUCACACCUCGCACCCUUGCGGGAGGGUCACACGACGUACAUAAUGCCUCGAUUCUCUAUGUCUCAAUUCAUCAAUGCCGUGGAGCGUUUUGACAUAACCGAGGUGCUGCUUGUCCCACCCAUGAUUGUCUCCUUCGUAACGUCGACUUCUCCCAGGAACUUCUUAAAGCAUAUCAGGUUUGUCUGGUGCGGGGGCGCACCUUUAGAUGGGGCCAUCGUGAAGCAGAUGUACAGGCUCUUGGCUCCAGAUGCCUGUAUUGCCCAAGUGUACGGCAUGACCGAGGCUGGAUGGAUAUCGACCUUGAAAUGGCCCGAGAGAGACGAAUCCGGAAGCGUUGGGAGGCUACUACCCAACGUAGAGGCUAAGUUGAUCAACGAGCACGGCGUAUUCGUUCGAGAACCAGGCAAAAGAGGAGAGAUAUGCGUGCGUGGGCCACGGCUUAUGAGUGGAUACCUUGGAAACCCCAAAGCCAGUGCAGAUUCAUUCAUAGACGGCUGGCUCAAAACAGGUGACGUUGGGACAGUUGAUAAGCUAGGCCGGAUAUUCAUUGUCGACAGGCAAAAGGAUCUCAUCAAGGUGCGCGGCUGGCAAGUGGCACCGGCCGAGCUCGAAGGGGUUCUCCGGACCCACCCACACAUCAUCGACGCUGCCGUCAUCGGAGUCAAGCACAACAAUUCUGAAGCACCGAAGGCAUUUGUCGUCCGAGAUUGCCAAUCGCUCUCGGAAGAAGCAGUCAAGGCAUACAUCGCAACCCUGCUAGUGGGAUACAAGCAUCUCGAUGGAGGCGUAUGCUUUGUCGACUCCAUCCCCAAGAGUCCGAGUGGAAAGAUCUUGAGAAAGUUGCUCUGA